CCAAGUCGCAUGUUCUCCACUGUGACGCCAGACAGAAGUCAUACUCCACCUUUAAUCUCUAUGUCCCCUCGUGCAAAGCCAAACAGAACCUAUAGUGUGCCUUCAAUCCAUAUGUCCUCUGGUGUGAUACUGGACAGAGAUGGUACUGGCUCUUCGCUGGACAUAUCCUCCCAUGUGUUACCGGAAAGAGCCGGUACUGGCUCUUCGCUGGACAUAUCCUCCCAUGUGUUACCGGACAGAGCCGGUACUGGCUCUUCACUGGACAUAUCCUCCCAUGUGUUACCGGACAGAGCCGGUACUGGCUCUUCGCUGGACAUAUCCUCUGGUGUGAGGCAGAGCAGAACCUUUAUUGUGUCUGCGAGAAACUUAUCCUCCAAUGUGAUACCACACAGAACUGGUAUUGGUACUGGGUCUUCAGGCAUAUCCUCUGGUGUGUUGAUGGACAGAAUCAGUUCUGGGCCUUCAGUGGAUGCAUUCUUCUUUGUGAGACCACACCAGUUUGGUGGUGGGUCUUCAAUGGACACAAUGGACACAACAAACAGAUCUAGUUCGCUGCCUUCAAUCAGGACUUUCAGCCAGGAUCUCUUAUCCAGUACUAGAAAAACAGAAGGAAAUCAAUUUUCAGAGUCUUAGCUAUGUCAGUUUCCCUUAGCUAUAUGUCAGCUUCCCCUUUAGAAGGAAAAAAAUGUGUUAGUGUAAAAUGAUGUAAUUAAAAUAUAAUCUAACAACUACCUUGGAGUUGUA